GUGAGUGGCUCUAUCAAGAGCUGGGACUACGCCCAAGAGUUCUGCAAACAACAUGGAGGAGAGCUUGUGAAGAUAAAUAGCUUUGAAGAAAACGAGUUUGUACUCAAGCUUGUUAACCAAUGCCAUCAAUCUCUUAAACAGGUUUGGAUCGGACUCAGACGGCAACCCGGUAAAGCAGGGAAGUUUCUCUGGUCUGAUAACUCAAUCCCUUUCUUCAAGAAUUGGGCUCCUCAUGAACCGAAUGGAGGAGAAGGCGAACCAUGCGGCCACAUGUUCACGGGGCACAGGGACAUGAUCCGUCGCGCGUCUGGUACCUGGAAUGAUCUCCCUUGUAGGGGCUCGUCCUAUCUUCCCAAUGGUUUUGUCUGCAAGAGGCUGAACCGUCUAUGCUCUUGA